AUGCUAUGUAUUCUUAAAGGAAAGGAAAUGCUAGCUUCAAAUGCAUGGAUUAGAGUAGGACCUGCACAAGUUGCAUUUGGUUUUGGACCUUCAUCAAAUUAUUUUAUGACAUAUGGCUCUUCAAAAGUUGUCCGUAGUAGUAGUAAAUAUCAAGGUUUGGGUCCUGAUGAUGGAGUUCAUUCAUCAGCACAUAGAAUGGAGAAAGAAUACAAAGAACCCAGGGACUACUACUCUUACUAUCCUGUUGCCCUUCCUUUGAGAAGGCCAUACUCAGCAGACCCAGUACUUCUUGAUGAGGAGGAAUUUGGGGAGGCUUCAGAAGAAAUUGCUUAUGAUGAAAGUUCUGUAAAGUUCGCUACAGAGCUUGACCUAAUGGAGGAGAAUAAAGAAGCAAGAAUGAUCUUCCUUCAGCUACCAUCAUCUUUGCCCCUAGUUAAGCGGUCAGCUACGGCAAACAAUGAUGGAACCAAUAGUGGUUUGAAACAAUUCAGAGGUGGAGUUUCUUCAGAAAAGCCCUGCAAAUCGGAAGAGUUGCAUGCUGGGUUCAUGGGUUUCCUCGGGCAUGAUUUGUGUUUUUGCUCAGGAUGUUGUUGCAAUCAAUACUGAAGAGAAACAUUGCUGUAUUCUUGGCGAGCUCAACAAGCGUGCCGUCAUAACCCCAAAUAUUGACUCGAUCUUGAAUGGUAUGACUGACUUGGAUUAGUUUUUGCUUGGUUACAAGAGAUUUUGGCUUCAUGAAAGAAACUUAAGAUUUAAUAGUUGUUGAGGAAAACUGUAUAGCAGCUUGGCAGUUGUUGAGGAAAACUGUUAUUUCUUCUUCCUUAAGCUAUAUCAUUCUUCUAAAAAAAAAUCAUUUGAUUCAAGAAAAGUUCAUUAAAUGCCU